AUGGACAUACCUUUGUCUUCCCGAAAUGGGGGCGAGUCUUCGAGACUCGAUCAUAUUGGCCAACACUCUUCUUAUGCCACCCCUCCAUCAUUUGGUCUCACCUCCCACUCACAACGCAUAGCAAAGCAUGCUAAACAUCAACAAGCAAAUGCAGAAUAUGCAGGUUAUGCAGAAUCUCCCGAAUAUGCAGACCUCGUCACAAAGUUACAAAUUCGUAUCGCUGUUCUCGAGAACGACCUCGCCCAUGCUACAAAGGAUAAAGAUGAAGCUAUCAAGAGUUCCGUCAUCAUUGCUAGAGCACUGGGUAACGUUGCCAACAAUUCGGAGUCACUUACGAGAAAGCAACAAAAUCCUGAUGCCGAAGAAUUGGAGGAGUUGAGAGUUGUAGUGCCAAGAUUGAGAAGGGAGAAUGCUAUUCUUUGGGAACGCAUCGAGUCUCGGCAGACUGAUCACAUGGCCAUCAAUGAUAGUCUCACUGAUGCUUCCUUUAAAGGCAAGAACCCCGACCCAUUUUCCGUGGAUGAAACCAACCACCACAUCCCAUUCAGGCCACGAACAACACAUCCCAUCAUCGAUGCGGCCAUAAAGAAAAUCAGCACUCAGGAAGAAUCCAGGCACUCUCAUCACCCAGUGAACUUCAGCGAAGCAACCCAUCUUCCCAACACAGUCAAUCUUCAGCGAGGUGACGACGGUAGUUUAUCGGUUCCACCCAGCUUUCCCAUUCUCCCCACCACCCAAAAGAGAAGAACCAUUCACGACUACAACACCUCCACGCUCGAUGACGUUCUUGCCUCUGAUGAUGAAGAUGAGGAUCCGGUAAUCAAAAUAGAAGAUCAACUUCUCUUUCAACAACAGGCACAUGUAAAUUUCAUUAAUGUUCCUGCUCCUGCUGUCCUCAAAGCCGGUUUUGAGUUAUCUCCAGAAAAAGCUGUGAGGGGUCACGAUUAUGCUAAUCAAAGUCAGCCUAAUCGCAAUUUCUACUAUGAUAGGUUCAAUACACGCAAUCCAAAUGCAUCAACUCGUUCCCGAUCCGCCGAACUUGCCGAUUUGAGACCAGGAACCACUAUCUGGACAACACCUCAACAGAGAGAUGGUGAGAUCAUGACUCACAUGGGUGAUUGUGAUCCAAAAAAUCGUAACAUUCCGGACUAUUUUAGAUACGGAAUUCUUUAUGUUCCUGGGCCAGGAGAUGGUGAUUUUUUGAGAGGUGUCCAUAUUGGGGGUAUUCCAGAGUAUAUGGACCUGAGGGAUGUUCUUACGAGGGUUAGAGGUGGUAGGAUCUACUCAGCAGUUCUAUUGGACACAAUGAAGUUGGCGGGUAGUAAGUCGGUGUUGGUUACGUUCAUCGAUCAGGAGGAUGCCAAGGCUUAUGUUGAAUAUGCGAACGCUCAUCCCAUUACGCUCAGGGCAACAGAUUCGGGUGGUGAGAAUGUGGGCAAGGCGAUUGUCACACAUAUUCAUACUCCCACAUACCCUUUCUCUCCAGCAAAAUUUAGGACGAUCUUUGAGCUGAAUCGUACUCGCGUCCUUACGAUCCCCAAUUUCCCUCCGACUAUUUCCCUUCGAACUCUCGUGUAUGAUUUGAAAAACAGAAAUGAGUUUAAAGCUAACAGCUUGCUCGAAUGGUACAUCGAUGAAGAAGGAACUCUCCGAAUGGAGUUUUCCAGUAUGGAUGAAGCUGGGAGUGCUUUUGGUCUUUUAACCAGGUCGGGUGCUUAUAGAGAUUUUGGAUUGAUCUUGCAAUUCGAGAGAGAUAAUUGUGAAGGGGACUUGCAGGAAUUGGAGAAAGAACCUGAAAAGAGAAGACCCAUGUUUCCUCCAACAGAACUGGGAGUUAGGACCAAAAGACGCGGAAGUCGAGUUGAGGGAAUGGGCGAUGGUUCGAAAGUGGAUGCAGUUGUUGAUUCGGUUUUAGUGGUGCAGAGAAAGAGACUGGCAGCGUUGCAGAGACAACAUGAUGUCAUUCCCAGUUUGAGAGGCUCAGCUUUAAAGGCAGGUUCGUGGGCUGAUGAGGUCGAGGAGAAAUUGGGAGAUAAUACAUCGAUCCAGGAUUUUGGUCGUCAAGAUGAAGACACUGGUACUAUCAGACAUCAACCAUAUCAAGCAGAUUCCAGUGCCGGAUCUACAUCAACCCUCAUCGGAGCAUCAUCUGAUGCCCCACAAAAAGAUGAAGAUCCCUCUUUCGUCACCCCAAAACGCGCACCUCGCAUUAUUACUGGAAAACAAUGGCUCCUUGAAGUUGCUGCCGCUGAAUCUUCUUCUCAGAAUCCAUCUGCAUCAUCAGCUACACCAAAUUCUGAUGCGCCAGCUCCAAUGCCAGACACACCUACCUCCAACAACUCCACACCUCGACCCCGUCUUGUUGUUUCAACCACAUCUCUUCCUCAAAAUGACACCACCAAAUCUUCCUCUCCAAGCUCCGCAGAAUACAGCAUUCAUUCCUUCGCUUCCUCCGCAGUUUCUGCCGCCGACAAUGACAAUCCUUCCCUCCCAUUUUCCCAUCCCAGAAAACAAACCCAAGCUCCUCUUGCACACAAGGCUAAACCAUCAGUCCAGUUCAUCGGUCCACGCAUCUCCGCCUUCCAACCUGCCCAACCCGGAGAGGCUCCCCCCAAUCUUCCGAUCGAGCCAACUGCAUCAACAUCAACCCCACCAAGCGCAAAUAUUCAAGCCCCCCAAACCUUCAAAUCCACAGUCGAAAAUGCAGAUACAAAGGUUUAUUUCGAUCUUGAUCCGGAAGCUGAUACCGAGAAGGCAAUUUUGGAGAGUGAGGUUGAGAGUGAUCAUGAAGUACAUGGAAGUGUGGAUAAAGGAGAGGUUUUGAGUGAGGAAAGGGGAAAGGGAACGGGAACGGAAAAUGCAGUGAAGAUUAAUCCGGAUGAAAUUGAUCUUGAUGGGGAAUCUGAUGGGGAGAAUGAUGAGAAUGAGGGUCUUUUUCAAAAGGAGCUAGUUCUUGAUGAUAGAGCUCAGGAUUAA